GCUGAAACGACCAUGCCACAUGCGUACAUACCCACUAUUUGCAUUUUUAACUACCGUACCGAAUGACUUCACGCUCGACUUGGGGCAGCGUGGCCGCCAGCGCUUUGUGUGGUCAAGCCAUCAUCGUGACCCUGGUGCUGCAAUACAUCGGAACCAACUACCUGCACACUACCGGCACCGUGUUGGCCACGUUCCAAACCUCUCUAGCCUUCCUGGUCUUGGCCAUUACGUGCUUGCCAUUCGUGUUGAGUCGUCCGCAGAUUCAUCGACCAUGGUGGCUGUGGCUACUGCUGGGAUUUGCCCACGUCGAAGGUCACUUUUGCGCUAUCAAAGCUUUUGGGACCAACCCCAACUACUCCUUCAUGGGUAUUCUGCUGCAUCUUGCGAUUCCGUUCCAAAUGUUGUUGGCGUAUUUGAUCCUGCGAACUCGCUACUCCGUCACCAACUACCUUGGUGUGUUCUUCAUUGUCCUCGGAGCGAUCAUCGUGAUGGUGUGCGACACCGUCGACGGAAGUCUGGCGAGCCAUCUGUGGUCGAUCGGCGCGGCAGGGUUUGCUGCGGCCGCCCUCGUCCUCCACAAGUACACGGCCGACCUAACAUUGGAGGUGAUUCCGCCCGUUGAAAUCUUUGGCAAAGUGGGGGCCGUAGCUGUCGUGCUGUCCGCCGUCCAAAUGGUCAUCUUAGGUGAAUUCUCGGCCAUGACCACCACCACUGUGUGGAACACCGCCACCAGCACCUACUUUGCCGGGUACACCCUAGCUGUCCUUCUCUUCUACGCUGUCAUGUGUGCAUCCCACCACGCCAUCGAAAUCCUGUGGUUCCACCUCAGCUUGGUGCUCUUCAACGUGUACACCGCCUUAUCCAUCACGUGGCUAUUUCAAGUGGCAGUCACCCCCGUGUUCUUGGGGGUGAGCGGCGUCGUGGUCGUUGGCGUGUGCCUCUACGGGUGGCAAGAUCCGUUCGAAAGGGGAUUCAGCCGCAAACUCUUGGAUCGAAUGGGGGGCCCUGAACCUACGAUGGACGACGCCAUGAUGGACAGCCUCGUCGUGCCGAUCGUGAUGGCGCUGCCGUAUUCUCCAGACCACAGCGACUACGGCGGCGAAUCGACGUCCAUGUACUACUUGGAUUCGGCCCGCAACAGCUACCUAUCGAACCCCCAGCCAGAGGACGAGCCCCAUAUGACCAGCAGCCCCAUGGUCGAGGAAAUACAUGUCAACCAUGAUGUCGUGUACACGAAGGACUACUUCGAAGGCAAAGUCAUCUUCACGAUGGAAGACGUGAGUCCAGCAUCCACCCCCCGGCACUCGCUAGUCGAUAUUGUCUCGUAUACGUCCAACCACGGAACCAUUUGAUAGUAUGUGCGUAGAAUUACAAAAAUGUUUGAUUUAUAAACUGUGG